GCUGCCAAGCCCCGGUGCUGGGAGCAAUUUGGGUGUGCUGAGGAAGCUGCUGGGCUGAGGCCAGGGCUGAGGCUUGACUGACAGCCGAGGUGGCCUUGGCACUGCGGGGAAGGUGUCAGCUGGUUAGUGCCUGCGCCAGCGCGGGGGCAGCAGGGCCCCUGCCCUGUCCAGCCUUGCGCCUACUCGGGCUCUCUCUCUCCCCCACAGAGGUUCCUGGGCUGGACACAAGACCGAAGAUGGGGAGCGAUCCGGGGCGCUGGCUCCUGCUCUGGGCUGUGCUGGCUCUGAUCCUGGGGGCCACCUUUCUCGGGGUGGCAGCGGGCAGGAUGGAGGAUGGGCAGGAAGGCUUUCGGAGGCAGGACACCGAAGUCACCGAAGACUUCCUCUCGCGGCUGGGCCGAGCGGCGAGGGAGACCCUGGAGACCCUGGUGGGCCGCGAGCCCCUGCAGCUGGUGGCGGAGAGCCUCUCCGCUGUGCUCUGGACCGUGUCCUCGGGCAUCUCCAUGGCUCUGACUACUCUCUGCAAGAUCCUGGGAGAAAUCCUGACUGUUUUUGGCCUGAACGGGGACCUCCUGGUCCAGACUGUGAGGCUGGGCUCCAGCGAGGUGCAGAAGCUGCUGCUGUGGGGCCUGGCCAUGCUGGUGAGCUGCUGGCUGCUGUCACGGCUGCUGGGGCUGGUGCUGGACCUCCUGGAGUACGCGCUGUGGUGGGUGAAGCUGUGCUGCUUCUUGCGGGCCUUCAUCUACAUCGUGGCCUCCCAGGAGAACCCAACGGUGCAGGCGGGGCUGCUGCUGGGGCUCUGGGUGCUCUACGCCCUGCUGGGGCGCCUGGCGGGGGCACGCGGCCCUGGUGCCGAGCUGGAGGCCACCGUGCGCAGCCUCGAGUGGAAGGUGGAGGAGCUGCGGCGGCGGCAGAAGUGGGGAGGCCCCCGGAACCGGGAGGAGGAGUGAGCCGGCGCCAGCAGACCCCGGCGCAUGGUCUGCUCCUGGUGCGCUGUCUCCAGUGCACCCCGGCAGCCUGGCCCCGGCCCGCUCCCCGUACCGGCACUCCCAGCAUGCGUCCCCCCUGCUGCACCCCUGCACCCCACCUCUGCCCUCCCCACCGGGUCCCCCCACUUGGUGCACCUCCCUUCCUGUUUCCACCACCCGCUCCCCCCCAGUUCUCCCAGUAGGCAUGUUUAAGCCAGCCCAGGAGGAACUCCAGCCCAAGAGCCCUGGGUCCCAGCGAGGGGAACAGGGCGCCUGCUCCAUGCAGCACCCACGGCGCUGGGGACCUGUUCCCUGCACACGCGCUGCAGUGCCUUAGUUCUAGCCAGCGGUGCCUUACACAGCCUGCACCCACGGAGGGAGAUGGGGGGCCUUGGCCCUAGCGACUCCCUUCGCUCCCCAUCUCCAAACCCAGCCCCACCAAAGAGGAGAGCAAGGGGAAAGCGUUUUAAUCCGUGGUGCGUUUGCCUGGCCUGGCAGCAGUGCCAUGCAUCUGCCCAUGCCAAGCACAAAGCCGUUGUGUCCAUCUGUCCCAUGUGCGGGUACGGACGUGGCUAGGCAGGAGGGAGAGGAUCCGGCUUAGCCAGCUGGGAACCUGCUCCGCUCCUCUGAGUGUCUCUCGGAAGGGGGGGUCUCCAGCCACGGACCUCCCUUUGGGGAGAGCAGCAGCGAUUUCUCUCCCUUCCCCAAAAGUGGGGCUUGCGAUUGUGCGUGGUGGGUGCCAAACUGCUGCCGUGCACCUUUUCUAGGGGACAGCUGCCAAAACCCUACUUUGUCGGUUCUUGUUUUUUAAGCUGCUUUUUAAACUGUUUUGAUACGUGGUACCAAAUAAACACUAUUUAAUCACC